CGGAGUCGCGAUGCACCACGGGAAAAAAUCAUCACCGCUGGAGAUCGUACGAGAAAUACACGCCCUUCGUCGAUUCGUUGCGUGCUUUUCGAUUUGCUCAAAAAGUUACUGCGCGUACCUGCACGCGACUUUGAACCGUGUGAGAUCGACCGAGAGUUCCUUGCCCUUCGCUGUGUCGCCGUCGAAUGUCUUCGUCCGCCGACGGAUAAAACAGCGGAGCCGCGAAUGACUCAUCGGCGGCAGCUUGGCAUAUCGGCGCUCCUUUGUGCAAGUUGGAUCCACCUUAUCGCUGGAAAUAUGAGCUCGCGGCCGUUACGCUUUCUUAAUCUUACAACCUUGUCAUCGUGACGCUUGCUGCUAUCAAAACCCCGGCUGCUUUCGCAGCGGGCAGCGCGUUCGCUAUCUCGAAACGCUUUUUUUCUUGUUUCGUGUUCUUUUUUUUUUGUCUGUUUUGUUAGCUUUACAUGCGACCUCCCUUCAAAGCUGUUUAACAACCAACGCCAGCUGUGAAGGGCUAAAAAACAUACUCCCCUGUUUGCCGUAAAGAAAAAAACAACAAAAAAAAAAUAGUUUAGCGGCACGACCAACUUGUGAGCGUGCAUUGAAUCGUACGCUCGCUUGCUGGUUUUUGGGUUUGUUGAAUACGUUUCACACGCUUCCAUCUAGCUCACCGUUUGAGCGGAAAAAAAAAAAAAAAAAAAGAAAGGUCGUGAGCACGAUUCAUUGUUUGGGGUCCGCCGCCCUUGUGAGCUUAAACUAAGCGCUCAGUAAAAAUCAACAAACAAACAAAAAACCUGUAUACCUUGCGUACGCUUUAGACACGGCCUUGAAGUACGUAGCGUGGUCAGUCGUCCUUGUGCGCUACGGCGCGACGCACUAAGGAGAAAGUUUCGACGACGGAAGCGAGUCGCAAAACAUAAGAUGUCUGCGAAUCGUUUGCCCGGUGACAGCACGCGGAGUAGAAGAGAGCACAUGACGUGGCAGAUGGACUCGAGUCCACUGUACCUUCGAAGACAGGACCACCUCAACGACCGCAUGAGGGGCCUGUACCUCGCCGAACAACCACCGCCCGUCACAUUCUCAACGCCUCCAUCGAGGGUCACCAGGUCACUGAGAAGUCCGGAUGCAACCAACUCUUCAGACUACGACAACACUCCGCCGGAGCCGCCCAAGAGGACUAGUUCGUCGUCAAUGACUCCGUCGUACGACUCCGUGUCGACGUCGUCUUCGUCCCUGCAGUACCGGAACGGGGGCUUCGGAGGGGCCGGCAGCUCUACGGCCAGGUCAAAUGAGGGCCUAUACUCGUCCCCCGGCACUUCGGGCAUUGUUCUGGAGGAGACGGAGGAGCAACCAGAAGCCAACUUCCUGAUGUCGCUCGAGACGAUGGCCUGUACCCGCUGCGGGGACGGGUUCGAACCUCACGAGAAGAUUGUCAACUCCCACGGCGAGGUCUGGCACCAGGCGUGCUUUGUGUGCUGCCAGUGCUUCCGGCCUUUCCCCGAUGGAAUAUUUUACGAGUUUGAGGGCCGCAAGUACUGCGAGCACGACUUCCACGUGCUGUUUGCUCCGUGCUGUGGCAAGUGUGGGGAGUUUAUCAUUGGCCGCGUAAUCAAGGCCAUGAACAACAACUGGCACCCCAACUGCUUCCGGUGCGAGAUCUGCCAGAUGACGCUCGCCGACCAGGGUUUCAUCAAGAAUGCUGGGAGGGCCCUCUGCCAUGAGUGUAACGCGAAGGAAAAGGCAGCUGCCAUCGGAAAGUACAUCUGCUACAAAUGCCAUGGUAUUGUGGACGAUCUGCCCCUGAAGUUUCGGGGCGAGCCUUACCACCCUUACCACUUCAACUGCACCACGUGCGGUGUGGAGCUGACUUCGGAAGCCCGAGAGGUGAAGGGGGACCUGUACUGCCUGCGCUGCCACGACAAGAUGGGCAUCCCCAUCUGCGGCGCCUGCCGUCGGCCCAUCGAGGAACGCGUGGUUACAGCCCUGGGCAAGAACUGGCACGUGGAGCACUUUGUGUGUGCCAAGUGUGAGAAGCCCUUCCUUGGACAUCGGCACUACGAGAAGAAGGGCCUGGCCUACUGCGAGACCCACUACCACCAGCUCUUUGGGAACCUUUGCUACAUCUGCAACAACGUCAUCGCGGGGGACGUGUUUACUGCCCUGAACAAGGCCUGGUGCGUGCACCACUUCGCCUGCUCGGUGUGUGACCAGAAAAUGAGCCAAAAGACCAAGUUCUUCGAAGUGGACCUGAAGCCGGUGUGCAAGCGCUGCUACGAAAAGUUCCCGAGCGAGCUGAAGAAGCGCCUGAAGAAGGCGUACGAUACCAGCUCCAAGACCAUCGCUUGGCAGCCUUGCUCUUAAGCCGCGGCAUCGGCACGUCCCGGCCCGUGCACGCAUUUAACAGAGUUAAUAUAUGCCAUACUGCCGCCCGGGUUUGGAGCUUUGCCGAAACGGUGCCGUCAGCGUAGAUGUCCUACUAACAGCUUUAUGGAGAGCCGAAAAAGCUCGGCGCCGCUCGAGAAAGGUCUGCAGCACUAUUUGCGUUGCUUUUGUUUUGUUUUUGCAGAGCUUAUAAUUGGUAGUUUUACGUAGAGCUGUAAGUGUGAGUGGCAUGCCUUCUAUAACACUUCGGCGUGGCUUUCCUCAUUUUCUUUCUCCUAUUUAUAGACGUGUUCCAUGGAAUAUGAAAUCUCAUGUUGGUGUUUAUUUUUAAUUUUUAUUUCUGUAGAAUGAGGUGUUUCAAGUGACAUGUUUAACUACUCAUGUUUUAUGUUUUCUUAAAAGUGAGGGGUAUGUGUCUCUUUUCUCUGUGGUUACUUUGGUAACUGAGAACUCGGUAGUUUUAUUUGCGAUGAAUCUCAAAAGAAUAUCGGGUAGUGGCUUUGACUUGAGCUUGUAACGUUGGCUCUUGAUGUGCUUCUUAAAUGCAUAAAAUGAAAUAUAAAUGUGUUCUUCUCUUUGAAUAUCAGUUAUUUUGGUUGGCAUCUUUUGCUUUUUAGUGUCACUCACAUUUUUUUUUGCUGAUGUUGCAUAUUUGUUAGGAGUAGGAGUGUUCAUUUGAAGCGUUUAUUGUUAGCUAGAUGUUUCUGUGUAGGUUAAAUAUGCUGAUAGAGCUUUGUGACUGCCAUCAAUUUUUCUGCUAGCAUCUAUUUGUCAUGACUAGAACUUUCAUACAGAUUGUUAACAUGACAUUUACAGUGUGUGCAAAGGUUAUUUAUGCUGAGCUACAAACGAAUUUAAGCUUGUAUUGAUAUGCAAUACUUGGUCUUCAUGACAUCUGAUAUGUAUGCUGCUGUGCCUUAUAUUUUAAAGAUGGUAUUUACUGUUAAUUACUGAAACAAUCCACACAAUAUUUUUUUUGUGUGUUAUUGUUUGCUAGGCUAGUUUGUCAUGCUGCAGCUAGCUAUUUCAUUUCUUUGAAGAAAAUAAAAAAAAUCAUACUUUACUAUCAAUACUAUUUAUGUUAUAGAUAUAAUGCAUAUCUACUGAACUUUUGACUUCAAAUUAACUCAGAGUUAUGAUCUUCUUUUUCACUUGAACAAGAACUGUUUGCCACAUUACAAAUGACAAAUCACUUUACUGUGCUAUUUAUGUCAUAGGCAUAUCCCUAAUGAAUUGACUUCGAAUCUAUGAUUUUUUUUUCUUUACAUGAAUAAGAACUGUUUUUUGCAGAUAUUCUUUAGUUUUUUUUUUUUUUAUGUUUUAUGAUUUUGCAAAUUCUGAAACACACCUAUUGAAACGAAAAAUAAAGAUACUACCUUGAUAGAAGUCUCUCGACGUUCACU